AUGUACAAGUUCUUGACCCUCUUCGCUGCUCUUUCCACCGCUAUCGUGGCUCAACAGACAACUUGUAGAGCUCAAACUCUUGGACCAGCCAUCGGAGGACUCUGUCCAACCGGUUACACCGUUAUAAGCAACGGUGAAUGCUGUUCAUCUUCUCAAGUAACAUCAUCAGCAUCUACCUGCGCUGACAAGACAAAUGCCAACGGAGUCAACGAGUGUCCAGGGUUGAAGAGCUACUGUAACAACAGUGCCUACAAAAGUUUGAUGACUGUUCAAUGCCCAAAGACUUGCGGAUUCUGCACUCCAUCAUCUUCAUGCGUUGACUUGACCAACCCAAAUACCGGCCGCUCCGAGUGCGCAGCCAACCAGAACCUCUGUAACAACAGUCUCUACAAGGAAACAAUGAAGACUCAAUGCCCAAAGACUUGCGGAUAUUGCAAGUAA